AUGAAAGUGCACAUCAAGAGCUGGCAUGGAAUCGCGCAGUGGCGAUGGGACACGGGCCACAAUAACGAUCCGGACGACGACGGUGAAGGCGAUGUGUGCGGUAUAUGCCGCGUAGCCUUCGAGGGAUGUUGUCCGUCCUGUAAGAUGCCAGGAGACGACUGUCCAUUGAUUUGGGGCGAGUGCACGCAUGUAUUCCACAUGCACUGCUUACUACAGUGGAUUGGAACAGCUGCGUCCAAACAGCAGUGUCCUAUGGACAGAAGGCCAUGGGUGACCGCGGAGAGGAAGGUAGACACGAAUAACCCCCGUUAG